AGGGAUAUGUCAUGCUCACUCUCUGAGCUGUGUGAGUUGAGGAAGUUGUCCGUGGCUGAGUUUCCUUUCUCUCUCUGUGCUAUUGAAACAGGAAGCUGGUGAGCUGAAGCUCGCUGAUCGUUACACACAGACACACAGGCGGCUCUGGCAGCUCCUGUGUUGGCAUUCAGGUUUCCUCCAGCUCCAGCGAUGGAUCAGUGCUGGUACCACGGCAACAUCACUCGCUCCAGAGCGGAAGACCUGCUCUCCAAAGUAGGCAAGGAUGGCAGCUUCCUCGUGCGGGCCAGUGAAUCAAUUGCUUCGGCAUAUGCGCUCUGCGUUCUGUACCGAAAUUGUGUUUAUACCUACCGAAUUCUGCCCGAUAAAGAAAAUAAGCUAAUUGUCCAGGCAUCAGAGGGCGUUCCUGUGAAGUAUUUUCAGAACUUGGAGGAACUGAUAGAAUAUUACAAAAAGGAGUACAUGGGUCUGGUAUGGCACCUCAAAUAUCCAGUGCCACGGGAAGAGGAAGAGGCUGCUGAUGAGCUGGAGGAUGAUGCUGACCCCCUGGUACCCACACCUCCUCUCCUGCCCCCACGCAACAUCCUCAUGGCACUGCCAAGCGGUGAGACAAAAGAGGUUUCUUCUCUCCCCGAAAAUGCCCGGGUGGCAGAUGUGAAUAAACUGUCCCUUUCUGAGACACUGCUCCAACGACUGCAGCACCAGGACACAAGCAGUGUCUCUGAUGAGCAUCUUAAACUCAUCCAGGACUACCUGCGAGUCCACAUCAUCAGUGACUUUGAGAUCGUGCAGACUGGCUCAAUCAAUCUUCCUCAACUGAAGAAAUUACUUACAGCUCUUUGCAAGGGACUCUUCAGUGAGGCCUCGAGGACUCUCCCAUCUCUAGAGUCCAUCCAGAAGGUGUUUGAGCAGCAGCUGCACCCCGGUGCCCAUCAGCGCUCCCAGAUCUUCGGUGAAGCAAGUCCACUCAAUAUUGUAUUGAAACUCAACCAGCUGAUUUCUUUGUUGUCUUCUAUUGAAGAAAAGGUGAAAACACUGUUGAUUGAAGGUCCUGAUUCAACACACCGGCGCUCCCUAAUCCCCCCUGUCACUUUUGAGGUGAAAGCUGACUCCCUAGGAAUUUUCUCAAAAAUACAACUCAAAGUGGAUGUGGAAAUGGGAAAACUGAUUAUCAAGAGAUCUAAGGAUGGUCCAGAAGACAAGUUUUAUAGCCACAAGAAAAUCUUGCAGCUCAUCAAGUCCCAGAAGCUUCCAAACAAGCUGGUGAUUGUUCUGGAAACAGAAAAAGAAAAAACACAGCGGAAAGAAUAUAUUUUUUCUGAUUCCAAGAAGAGAGAAGGGUUCUGCCAGCUUCUGCAGCAGAUGAAGAAUAAACACUCGGAGCAACCAGAGCCGGAUAUGAUCACCAUCUUCAUUGGGACAUGGAAUAUGGGUGCAGCCCCAGCCCCAAAGAAGAUCACCUCCUGGUUCCUCUCCAAGGGGCAGGGGAAGACUCGUGAUGACACUGCUGACUACAUCCCUCAUGACAUCUAUGUGAUUGGCACCCAGGAGGACCCCCAGGGGGAGAAGGAAUGGCUGGAGACUCUUAGGCAAUCUCUUCAGGAAAUCACCAGUAUUAGCUUCAAAGUGAUAGCCAUCCAUACCCUCUGGAAUAUCAGGAUUGUUGUCCUGGCCAAGCCAGAACACGAGAACCGCAUCAGCCACAUCUGCACAGCCAAUGUGAAGACAGGCAUCGCCAACACACUGGGUAAUAAAGGAGCAGUUGGGGUGUCAUUCAUGUUUAAUGGAACCUCCUUUGGGUUUGUUAACAGCCAUUUGACUUCAGGAAGUGAAAAGAAACACAGACGCAACCAGAACUACACGAACAUCCUCCGCUUCCUGACACUGGGAGAUAAGAAACUGAGUCCAUUUAACAUCACUCAUCGCUUUACUCACCUUUUCUGGCUGGGAGAUUUGAACUACCGUGUGGAACAGCCCCCGACGGAAGCAGAGAAUAUUAUCCAGAAGAUCAGGCAGCAGCAGUAUUCGGAGCUACUGGCUUUCGACCAGCUUCUCCUCGAGAGAAGAGACCAAAAAGUGUUCCUGCAGUUUGAGGAAGAGGAGAUUACUUUUGCUCCAACCUACCGCUUUGAGAGAGGCACCCGGGAGAAGUACGCUUACACCAAGCAAAAAGCUACAGGGAUGAAGUACAAUUUGCCAUCCUGGUGUGAUCGAGUUCUCUGGAAAUCCUACCCCAUGGUGCAUGUUGUGUGUCAGUCCUAUGGUUGUACCACUGACAUCAUGACAAGUGACCACAGUCCUGUGUUUGCCACUUUUGAAGUGGGAGUCACCUCACAGUUUGUUUCCAAGAACGACUCCAAAUACACAGAUUCCCAAGGGGAGAUAGAGUUCCUGCACUGCUACGCUACUUUGAAGACCAAGUCCCAGACCAAGUUCUACAUUGAGUUUCACUCUAGCUGCUUAGAAAGCUUUGUAAAGAGCCAGGAAGGAGAAAAUGAGGAUGGGAACGAAGGGGAGCUUGUGGUAAAGUUUGUCGAGGCACUUCCAAAGCUGACUCCAAUCAUUUCAGACCCAGAAUACCUACUGGAUCAACAUAUCCUGAUCAGCAUUAAGUCAUCAGACAGYGAUGAAUCCUAUGGGGAAGGCUGCAUUGCCUUGCGGAUAGAAGCAACAGAAUCCUUAGCCCCUAUCCAUACUGUGUUGACACACCAUGGAGAGAAAACAGGGGUCUUCCAAGGUGAAAUCAAGUUACAAACGUCACAAGGAAAACAGAGAGAGAAACUGUACGAUUUUGUCAAGAUUGAACGUGAUGAAAUCACUGGUCAGAAACCAAAGAACAUCAGCAAUUUAGACCCUAACAAAGACUGGGAUCAGACGAACAGACAAAGGGCAAGUGGAAAGUCAAAGUCUACUCAUCUGAUGGCCAGAGAGGCAGCAGCCAUUGCUCGCUACUGGGGGAGCGCUGUCCCUUCUCUUGACAGCCUGGGAAAGGAGGAUAUCUUACGCUCCACCCCCACAGACAUCAGCAACCCCAAUUACCUGGGCAUGGCUGCCUUCUCUCAGCAGCCCUCUGCAACCUACCAGCUUAAGCAGACACCUUCACCAGAGCAGCCACCUUCUCUCUGGAACUAUGAGCAGCAGCCCAAAGAGAGCACCUCYCUAAUGGGGCAGAGUCAGUCAUCUUCCACAUCACCGUCCUUGUCACCUCUAUCUCCAAAAGCAUCCCUCCAGCCUACAGUAAACAGAAGCAUCUGUAGUCGAAGUCAAGACUACCUGCUACCUGAUGUGGGGAAAUCCAUGGCAGAGCCUGUGCUUCAGGAGGAGGGGCAGCAAAAGCCAGAGAUGUUCGAGAAUCCGCUGUAUGGCUCCAUGGGCUCCAAGGGCAAGGUGGCCCUCAAGAAAGAGCAGGAAUAYCCCAAGGCCCUGUGGAAAGAGCAGCUGCCACUGCUUGAACAGAGCUGUCAUCUCACAAAACCACAGGAGCCUGAGUGCAGCAAGACCUCUAGCAAACAGCCAUCGCCACCUUUCCUGGUGCCCACACAGCGAUUCCGGUCCUACACCUGCUCCAGCCAAUCAGAAGAAAAGAAUAUAGGAGAAAAGAGCCAAGGCAAACCAAAGGUGACAACACCAUUGGAAAAUUCUGCACCACUCAAAAAACUCGUGAAGCCAUCAAGGGCUGAAGUCAGCCCAAGCAUCCAGGGACAGCAGAACAAGCCGCCCCUUCCCUCCAAGAGCCGGGCAGUUCUGGACAUGCAGAACUCCAAGGGCCGGGACUAUCGGGACAGUUCAGAGCUGCUGCACUCUGGGAAGCACCGGACAGAGGAGGGCGCAGUUAGCCGGACAACCACACCGUGAAUAUGACACAGAAGCUGAUGGUACCCUAGGAGGAAUCCUGAUAUGAAGAAUGAUGGAGAUUACUGCUUUGUUCACACUGAUGUCCUCUGGUCUGGUUCUAAAAACACUGGGAAUUUUGUUUUUGGGCRUGUAGCCCUCCCAAUGAUUACGAAAAUGUUCUAGUUGAGAAGUUUGUUAUAUGUUGCUCAGAYCAAGAGAGGUCAGGACCACAACACCAAAUGCAAGUUAUUCUUUUGAGUGUCACUUUGGUGUUUCCAUAAAGAGGCACGUGGCCAAGUACAUGCAUUAGUAAAUGUUUUGAAAAAAAGGAAGGUACGGUACAAGGACUAGGAGAUGGAAGGGGUGGAUUGAAAGAACUCCCUUCCUACAAAAGCAAAAUUUCUAUUUUGUGUUACAGGAUUCCCMUUAAAGAGUCAUAUGUAAAAGAAAGCAUCUUAAAAGCGGUACAGCUCCAAAAGCAUGUCCUAUCCAAGAAACAAGGAAGUCAGGGAGGGUGGGGAGAGUUUGAAUAGCAGAUACUGAUGCAGGUCACACACUCUCAGUGGAGCCAGCCUGGAGCUUGAGGCUGCAUCCCUGCACCACCCAGGGGACGCAGCAWGUGAGGGCUGGCCCAUGGCACUGCCACUCUUUUUCCUUCGAGCAGGUGCUGCUUUGAUACACCAACAAACAGGGUGUUUGUUGGGAACAGGGAACACCAGAAUCACAGGCAGAAUCAGGGGAAGAGACAGUGUCCAUGGCAGCCCAGGAGURCACUGCUUGGAGAGGCAGAGAGCAGCUCCCCAGMCUGUCUGGCAGCAAGCACUCCACUUUGGAGGACGCUGGCCAGCUGGUUUUGGAGCAUUCUUAACAGAUUAAUGCUGACCUUACUGCACACUUUUGUUCAUUGACUGAGAAUGAAUAAUGUUAAUAUGCUCAUCUCUGUUACAUUCAUGUUAAGUAUUAAUGCUGCAGUUGCUAUUAGGCUAAGCCUGUUGUGACUUAAUCACUGCUAUUGUUUCCAUGUUGAUUACUUAAAAAUAAUAAAAUAGUCCCCUUUCUGAUCAUUCUUUAUGGAAAAUUCAGAACUGUUUGUUACAUGAUUCAGCUUUAGGUGCAUGUUACACCAGCUUGCUCAGUGACAGUGAUGCCRGAYGAUUUUUGUCUUUCCUUUUUAUGURCCCUUUUAUAUAUUUUUAUACCCUUUUAGACAUUUCUUUASCCUUUAUGUACCCCUUGUACCCCUUAGCCUGCAUGAUUGUAAUUCCUGUAACCUGAUAUUCYGGKUUAAUUUAGGAGUUUGGCCAGGCAGAAAGACCAAACAUCCUCAGGAAGGGGUCAGCGUGCCCUGUGCCAUCUUAAACCUGAGGCUCCAGCCUUGGGGUGAAAMCUUCUGUCUGGAACAUCCUGUGUAAACUGGGCUCUGGCCUCAUCUGGGGGGGAUUCAUUAGAAYAGGGGGACAUUACUGCAUUUGUUAAGUUUCUUAUUGGGGAAUCCUAGACAGAUAUGCUAAUUUCUGWAAUCUAUAAAACUUGUAUCUGUGCUAUACACGAUGUACAUUUUCCAUUGAGCUAUGCACUUGGGAUCCCAAAUACCGAGGUAAAACCCUUUUAUCCCCUUUAUYGGGUCUGUGCCWUUAUUGAAACUGGCCAAUCAAGGCAACAACAGUAGUCUCUGCCCAGAGAAAAUACCACAGGCACUGAGGAGAGAAGGGAAGUAWCAAGGACUGAGGAUACAUCUGUCUGUGUGCACAGACCCUUUGUGGAUACAGCUGGUUUGAAAACUACAGCACCUGUUGGCAGGUACAGUUACUAAUUGUAUGAGUGUAUAAAAGGUACAGUAAUUUUACUGGAGCAGAAGAGGCCAAGCACAGGCUUGUGAGAAUGGGUGGAAGAGGACAACCUGUAGAUAGAAACCUUUUAAGUGGAGAUGGUUUUCUUACCAUGCAGCUUGGAGUUUCAAGGCAUCAUUAAUGAAGCACCUAGCUCUCUAACCCUCAAAUCAGCAAGAAAGACCAUGAGCUUACAUUCCUCCUGCUCUAUUCACCAGAACCCUCUCUGUGUAAUUCCCAUAGUUCAGUGGCUCUGGUAUUUCCCUGGCSCUGGUGAGCAUUUCACUCUUCCAGGUUGCAGAAGAACUUGUGUGGCCACAAAGUAAAAUCUCCCUGGAGCAGGUGAGCUUUCUGUCUGAUACAGUGAGUUAGAUCCGUUUCCAGUAAUUCUGGGCUGUGUUCUUCUAUUUGUGGAGAUGGAAACAGGACAAGCUUUCUAUUAAAAAAAAAUAUAACUUCCCAACAAUGAGACAAGCUCAGAUUUUUUAUUUUUAUCCCUGACUCCCUAAACCAUAAAAAAGAAAGUUUAGAUACAAAGUAAAUAUAGAUUUCUGUUUAAACAUUCUCCUGAUUGGGAAUGCUGCUUAAAUUGUGCACAGAUUUGCAGACAAACAGCGUUUGAGAACUCUGGACCUGCUAAGGCAUAAAAAUCCAUCCAGGUAUUUGAUUUGGCAUGUCCUUUAGAGAGGCGUGUUGCUGGGGRAGAAGAGAAACUCUAUGCUAAGUUUCCAAGAGAAAAAAAAUACAUUCCUAUUGCUAUGCAAAAAAUGCAUUGACUACUCACUUGGGGUUCCAAAGACAGUCUGAUAGAAUGAUGGCAAAUGCCAUCAGGCUUUGUUCAAGUGGACAGUGUUCAAAAGAAGGCUCUGUAAAGAGCUUGCUGAAGCCUCUGCAGGUGAGAGACUUCUGCGGUGAACAGCUUAGAUAUGGGGUGGAGGAGAUGUGGGACAAGUGGUGAGAACACUACACAGUACUUGUCCCUGUGGACAGACUGGCUGUGCCUUGGAAUGGUAGAGGUGGUAAAACCAGUUGGGAGCUUGGCAGAUGUGAAUAUCAGAAAACUGAAUUUAACAAGUAAGUCUGGUGCUUCUGUUUGUUUUAUUUAAUUUUCAUUUYUGUCACAAAGCCUCUAAGAUUAUAUCUACUGUUUUUGCUGCCCAUGCCUYGAACCACAUGAAAGCAGGACUGACCAUAAGCUGCUACUUUCUCUGACAUCCUUGAACCUGAGACUAUCUUGCCAAACCAUGUGCAUUUCUCUGUCCUCUCUGCUGUUGUCCAGUUAAGUUGGUACACACAAAGCAAAAGACAUGAACUGAAGCAUAUGAAUUGUCCAAAAAGGUACUGAUUUCCCUCAGAUGUAUUAUCUAUCCAUAACCUUCUGACRUCCUUUAAGUUCUUAAAAUAGAUGAAGUCUUUUUGUGCUUAUUUCCAUGGGGACCCAGCUGUCAAAAAUGCCUUAAGUUCCCAGCUACAGGAUGUAAUGCUGCAGAACACAGUAAAUUUUAAACCAUCCAUUUCCUGCCUGCACCUGUUGCACCUAACACCAGUUUCCUUGUCCUCUCAGSAUUACAAAUCACCACAGGGCACCGUUAAGCCUUUUCUUAAGAUGUUGUUGGGCAAUACAUUUCCUUCCUCGAAAAGGUGGGAUCUUAGAAAAAAUGGCUCAAGGAAGAAGAAAAAMAGAAGGAAAAAGAAAUUAAGGYGAGUUWCUCACUCCAAAAUAGCAAGGGGAAAAUUUKGAUGUUAGAAACGGUGUUGCUUAAGCCUGUAAUCUGCUGGAACCAAGCACCCUUUUCCUGUACUGUUUAAAAGUAGCAAUUUAGUCACUAUCUUCCCACUUGUUUUUAAAAUGAAAGGUUGCUAAAAU